CACCUGCCGCGCGAAUUCUCCCUUCGUCUGCAGAAGUAGAAGACGGGACCGUCUGCUGGCUGGCCGAAUUGGGUUUUCAUCAAAUUUGCGUGAAAUUUGUCGUUGUCGUAAGCAGGCAGACAGACAGGCCCGCGGGAGCUCAUCGUUGACGUUGUGUGGAGAGAGAUGUGUUCAAAGUCUUUUUGAUGUAAAGUAGGCAGGCAUGAGUGGGCUGCUCGUUAGGUGCGAGAGUGUUUGACUUGAGAGCAUCAUAAUCAGCAGCCGCAGCAGCAGCAGCAGUAUGAGCCGAGGAUGUAGACCACUUUUUUGACCUCGAGAUGCACUUCCGUGGUAGCGAGAAGAGUGUGAGCAUGACCUCGCUCUUGAACUCCUUACUAUUGACGAUUUUUCUGAUUUUUUUCACCGUCCGUGCUUUCGAGCUCAUCUACAGGUUUGUGCUGAGGUUCAUCUUGCUCUUAGGGUUUUUGCACGUUGUCACCGAACAGUUUAGGUGAGCUCGAGCUCCAUCCCAUUCUCACCUCUCAACGAAAAGGAUCAGUAAAAAGCUGCAGCGGGAGGAAGGAUAGGCGACAGCGACUGGGUCUCAUACCAACACAUUGUUGUUCUCGUUUGUCGUGCUGGUGCUGGUGCUGGUGCUGGAGCUGGUGGUGCGUUGACAGGGUCCAUAAUUCUGAAAAGCAUGCCACAGAAAGCAGGGAAUGUUUUCGCCGGCUGCUGACGCCGAUGCUGCUUACUUAUUUCCAUUUGACGACGCCGAAAGGGACAGAAUGAACCAGCAACUGGUGCUCCCGGAGAUAGGGAGGCUCGCAAAGCAUGACGCCGAUGGUUUUGUGGACUCUGAGGGCGUCGAGACGUCACCGGUGCAUGGAGCGGUCGCUGUAGUAGCGCGGUCCGCCUCCCACCGCUUUGCUGCACGGUGCCUCGGCCCUAGAAUAAUCGUGGGCAGCAGCAGCAGCAUCUUGCCGGGGGCUUUUUCAGAUGAGAGCAUCUUCCAAACAUCAACUCGUUGUAUUACUGCAAUCUGCAUUUCCUCUGUGAACAUCAUCUAUCUCUGUUUGACUUUGCA